GGCAUUUUUGUAUGGGGAGAAAAUUUCCUGGUUCACUGUAAUCAUGUUCAUAGAAUUGGCUGGAAUGGUGCCUUUUGUUCAAUCAAAAGGUCCCAUUUAUGUACCACCAAAUGUUCCUAAGCUAACUCAAAGAUUUCCCCAUGCUGCAGUUGUUCAAGCUUAUGACAAUCUCUACGGACAACAGAACAUACAUUUGUUGAACAACGGUUCCAAUGUCGAUCUCGUUCUUGAUAAGAAGUCGGGAGCUGGAUUGGUGUCGAGAAACAAAUAUAACUACGGGUUCUUUAGCGCGGCCAUGAAGUUACCGUCUGGAUUUACUUCUGGCAUUGUCAUAGCCUUUUAUUUGUCUAAUUCAGAUGUAUUCCCACAUGAUCAUGACGAGAUAGACAUAGAAUUGCUUGGACAUGAGAAAAGAAGAGAAUGGGUGCUUCAAACAAACAUAUAUGGUAAUGGAAGUGUUCAUACAGGAAGGGAAGAAAAGCUUUAUCUUUGGUUUGAUCCAACAACUGAUUUCCAUGAAUACAGCAUCCUCUGGAAUAAUCAUCACAUUGUUUUUCUUGUGGAUAAUGUACCUGUUAGGGAGUUUACAAACAAUGUAGCAUCUUCCCCAGUUUACCCAAUAAGACCAAUGUCUAUGUAUGCUACUAUUUGGGAUGCAUCAGAAUGGGCAACAAAAGGAGGAAAAUACCCUGUUAAUUAUCAGUAUGCACCUUUUGUUGCUUCUUUUGGGAAGAUAGAGCUUGAGGGUUGUCAAUGGAAUCCAGAUGAAUUGUGCUCCAAAAGAGCCCUUUCUAGCCUUGAACCUGAUCCAGUUGGGGGUGAAGAGUUUGCUAAACUGUCUCAAGAACAGGUUAAUGGUAUGGAUUGGGCUAGAAAGAAGCUUAUGUUCUAUUCAUAUUGUCAAGAUACUACCAGAUAUAAGCUUCUACCACCAGAAUGCAAGUCCUAGACUAGCCAUUCGUUUUAGCGCAAAAUUUAUGGGCACAAGAUCGUGGAUUCGAGCCUUCAUAUUCGUUUUGAAAAAAAAUUAUGUAUUGCACAUCUAUUCAUUAUUUUUAUUAAGUAAAUUUGAGCAAUAAUAAUGUAAAUAUAGAACUACUUCAAUGCAGCUGUAUAUGUAGCCUAUUUAUUAUUAUGGAUUAGUUUACUUAAUUA